GAACAAAACAAAGAAAAAAACAUUGUUCGAAGCUUAUGAUCAUCAUCAUCAUUUAACAUCAACAAUAACGGUGUAAAAAUAAAUGUCGAUUGUUGAUGAUUGCGGUGGUGGUGUUCGCUAUGUUGAUCGACAUUCACAAAUGAUCAUCAUCGAUAAUCAUCGUCAUAGUCGUAGCCAUUCACAUUCAAAUUCAAGACAAUCAUCAUCAUUAUUAAUGUUUCAAAAUUAUCAUCCAAUGAUGAUGAAUGAUAAUAAUGGACAACAACAACAACAACAAAUCAAUUAUGAACGACAAAGACGAAGACAAUCUGGACAAAUACUUGAAACACAAUUAGAUGAUGAUAAUUAUAAUGAUGAUAAUUAUGAUCAUUAUUCAAAUGAAAAUCAACAAUCAUCAUCAACAAUAAUCAUUAAUAAUGAACCAAGAUAUUAUAAUGAAAAUUUUGAUUCUGAAUGUCCAACAACAACAUCAAUGGAACAUCAAUUACAAGAAAUUGAUCCUAUUAUCGAUAAUCAAAUGAUGUUAAUAUAUCCAUCUGAUGAUAUUGUUGAUAAUGAUGAAUAUCUUAUGCAACAACAACAACAACAACAACAACAAGAAGUUGGUAUUUAUGGUUGGCGUAAAAAAUUCCUAUACAUUUUAUUAGCCAUCAAUAUUGUUAUGGUUGGCAUUAAUUUUGCAUUAGCUUUUUGGAUUAUUUCGGUUCUUGGAUUUUCUACGAACGGUAUCGGUCCAAUUGAUUUUGGAUCAAUCGAUACAACAACCAUAUCGAAUAAUAAUGAUCAAAUAAUUCGUAUACAUGGUUCAACUGUAUUCGAAAAAUUAUUAUUUGCACGUCAUUUACGUUCAUGGCCAAAUGAUGAAUUACGAAUGACAACGAAAAAUGGUGAUCUAAUAUUUCGAUCAUUAUCAAAUGAUUCAUCUUCGACCAAUGAAAAUCGAUUGAUCAUUUCGAAUGAUAAAAUUACAUUGAUUACCGAUCAUUUUGAAGUUUAUGAUCGAAAAAAUUCGUUGAUGUUUGCUUUGGAUUCCGAACCAACCGAUCAAACACGAACAACAAGACAAACGAUUAAUCAAUCUGAAUCUAAAUCUGAACAACAACAACAACAACAACAGAUAACAAUUCGAUCGAAUGCAAUCAAAUUUUUAAAUGAUAAUAAUAAUAAUUUAAAUCUACCAUUAUCAUUACAAACACCAUCAAUAAUCAAUACGAUCAAUGAUGAAUUACGUUUAUAUUCACCACAAAGUCGUGUUUUGUUACGUGGACCACAAUCAUUAUAUUUAGAAUCAAAAUUGGGUGAUAUUUCUAUUGUUACCUAUGAUGAUUUACGUUUACAAUCAAAUGCUGGUCGUAUUACAUUCGAUAGUCGUUCUAUUUAUAUGCGACAUUUAUGGACCGAUAAUACAACCAAAACAUUGAUUGGAAAUCAAACAUUAAUGGAUCAGGAUCAGGAUGAUGAAUCAACAUUAUUAUUUAAGAAACCAAUCGUAUAUCAAGUAUGUGUUUGUUCAAAAUCUGGACGAUUAUUUUUAGCAAAUGCUAAUCAACCUUGUCAAGUGAAAUCAUAUCGUGAUUGUCGAUGAUAAUUAAUGAUUAUAAGGAUUAUUAUAAAAAAAAAUUUUUAUUUAAAU